AUGUCUUUGCCCAGCAGCGCAGCAGCAGCAGCAGCAGCAGCAGCAGCAGCAGCAGGAGCAGCAGGAGGCGCCAGCCAGCUGCUGCCUUCUCCUCUCUUUGUGCUAGUUCUGGACACUUGCAUAAUUGAGGAGGAAAUCGAGCAGCUCAAGGACUCGCUGCUGCAGGUGUUUGCUGCUGCUGCUGCUGCUGCUGCUGCUGACGUUGUUGCUGCUGCUGCUGCCGCUGCUAAUGUUUCUGCUGCAGCUUCUUGUGCUGCAGCUGGCAUUGCUGCUGCUGGUGGGGUGUCUGCGGUAGCUGCUUCUGCUGCGGCUGCUGCUGCUGCUGCUGCUGUGUCUGCUGCUGUAUUUGCUUCUUCUGCUGCAGUUGUCGCUGCUGCUGCAGCCGCUGUUGCUGUAGAUCCCGCUCUGGCGCUGAUGCCUUCAGAUGCAAUGAUUUGCCUCAUCACUUUCGGGGCCAUGUGCAUGCUCCACGAAAUUGCAGACGGAGGAGAAUACAACAAAGUUCAUGUUUUCCACGGAUCCAGAGACCUUUCUUCAGCUAGUAUUCAGCAGCAGCUGGGACUGGGUGGGGGCGCUACUUAUGCUGCUCCCCGCGGCAGCAGCAGCAGCAACAAAUGCCCCUGGCUGCCUCCAGCAGCAGCAAGAUUUAUUCAGUCUGUGGGGGACUGCGAAGCAAAAGUUUCCUUCAUUUUGGAGUCCCUGAAGAAGGACUACUGGCCAGUGCCAGCAGACUCAAGGAUCAUGCUGUUCACCGGGGGCGUCUGCACCACGGGUCCCGGCCAGAUUGUGGACUUGCCUUUGGCGGAGUCAAUUCGCCACCACUUGGACCUCCAAAAGGACAAUUCUAAUGCCCGAUUUGUCCAAAAAGCUCUCAAGUUUUACGCAUUUCUCGCAAACCGCGCAGUGCGGGCUGGCUGCGCCAUAGACAUUUUCGCCUGUUCUUUGGACCAGGUGGGACUUUACGAAAUGAAAGUAAUGCCGGAGAAGACGGGAGGCGCUGUGGUGAUGGCCGAUUCUUUUUCUUUGAAUGUUUACAAAGACAGCCUCAGGAAGUUCUUCGAGACAGACUCAACCGGGUUUCUUCAAAUGGGCUUCAACGCGCGAGUGGAGGUUUUGUGCAGCAAAGAGUUUAAAGUCUGCGGGGCGAUUGGCCCGUGCACAAGCACCAACAAAAGAGGCGCGCAGGUGUCGGACUUGGCCAUUGGAGAAGGCGCGACUUCCGAGUGGCAGGCGGCGGCGCUGGACAAGGAAACCACGCUGGCGUUUUACUUCGAAGUCACCAACCAACACCAUUCCAACUUGCCUCCAGGCAAACAGUCCUUUCUCCAGUUCCAAACGUCUUACUUGCACCCCAGCGGCCGCCGCCGCCUGCGGGUCACCACUUUGUCUUACCGCUUUGCGGAACAGAGCCCUCUAGACAUUGCCCCAGGCUUUGACCAAGAAGCUGCAGCAGUUCUGACGGCUCGCUUGGCAGUUUUGAAAACUGAAAACGAAGAGGCCAUGGAUGUCUUGAGGUGGCUCGACAGAAAACUCAUUCGGCUCGUGGCGAGGUUUGCUGGGAGGCCAUGGAUGUCUUGA